ACAAGGCAGUUAACCCACUGUUCCUAAGCCGUCAUUGAAAAUAAGAAUUUGAUCUUAAUUAACUGACUUGCCUAGUUAAAUAAAGGUUUAGAAAAAAGGACAAAAGAAAACCUGUAAUAACAUCCAUAAAUCCUAUUUCUGUUUGGUCAGGAGACACUAAGAUCACUAUCUAUGGACACACUCAGCAGUCACUGGCUAUGGCGUUGGUAAUGCUUACGGCUUUCUUCGAAGUGUUUUCGCUCCGGGUAUUUGGUGAUAUGUCCUGCAGCUGUCCAAGCAGACCGUUGCUCCGGAGUCACUGCCUGGAGCGACUUGAAGUCGCAGGUGUUUUGCAAAUGACAGUCAAAAUGUCUCUUCUCUGCUCUUUCCCAAAACUUACUGUCAAUCUCUACUCGACACCACGUUUCUCGUAGCAUGUUUAAUUCGAACAGGGCACCCUCUUUAUAUUUUGACAUGUUUGAUAGGCUUUACAACACCACAAUAGCAAGCAGCAGCCAAAUGACGUGGGCGUAAUGAGCGCGUUGUUGUCUUUAGCCGCGCCGCGGUUUCCAUGGAUCUGGAAACCUGAGAAUUUCGCGCAACAAUGCAAACUGUGACUACGUGGAAGUGUAGUGAUGUAGGCCUACGUGUGCCAGUGCAUCUUGAAACGUAUUUAAUCGUUGUAAAUCUGAGGACGAAUUGAAGAUCCGCAUUUUCAAAAACAUAAUGAAUAAAAGUGUAAAUUCACCUCCCAUCUACAAAUGUAAGGUCUACAAUUAGCAGAGAACAUUGAUUUGUUAGGUCUAUGUCAUUGAGGUGGAUGAUUUUAUUACACAUUUUAUGCAUAGAUUGUCUCAAUCGUUAGUUUUUUCAGUGCGAGUAUCCUACUGUACAGUAUAUGCUAGGCAGGUAUAUUAGGUUAACCUAAGAUUAGGAUUAGGGAGAGAUAAUGAGACCAUGUGUCACUAAUGAACACAUACACCUUUGAACAACCUCAAUUAUAUUAAGGAAAUUAUCCAGUUUAUUUGAAUGCAUAAAGAGGCCGGUGAGCACUUCUUCCAAUCACAUGUCCCGGACUGGGUGGGGAUAAUAACCGCCAUAGCCUUCCAAAUCAGGUAUUUUGAUUGGUCGGAGUCAUCAUACGAAGGCCUCUAUAUUUGAGUUGUCUGAUGUAAAUGCGCCCUGCCUUACAGUACUCUCCACUCCCAUGCACUGAACAAAAGCGGCACGGGCAUACUAGGCUACAGCAGGACUAUGCGAAAGAAGGCGUUUAUGAGAGCGAAUACAGAUAGAUAGCCUACAAUAUUUUAGAAUGACUUAUUCAUAAAACGGUGUGAAUAGUUGUAUUAUCUACUAACUGAAUGUUGGAUCUGCCCUAUUUUGUGUAAACGUGCUUCCUGACUUUAGGGUAUAGGCUAUAGCGAUAGGCGACGUUGGCGCAGCAUCAUGGUGUCUGGCGAGUUGGUACAGGAGCAUCUGCGACGUGACAACGCACCUGACGAAAUAGACAUCUCAUGCAAGCGCUCAGUGCAUAACGGGGCAGUCCCAAUAGGGGACCAGUACACCGAUCUAACGAAUGGAUCGGCACAUCUGACAGAACUGGACUCGAAGGCUUUGGAACAAGAGAUCCUUCCAGAUGAGAAGCAGGCUAUGCUUCCUGGAGAGGAAACAUGUAUCGAAACGAAACUCUAUUGGAGAAGAUUCUCCGUUUUAGCUGUUUUCAGCUUUUACUCCCUCGUCAACGCAUUUCAAUGGAUCCAGUACAGCAUCAUCACCAACAUUUUUACCCACUUCUACAAUGUAUCCAGCGACAAGAUCGACUGGCUGUCAAUUGUAUACAUGGUCGCGUAUGUGCCUUUGAUCUUCCCGGCAACAUGGUUACUGGAUAAAAAAGGACUGAAACUGACAGCCCUUAUGGGCGCGGGUUUGAACUGCGUCGGUGCGUGGGUGAAAUGCGCCAGCGUCCGGCCAGAUCUGUUCGGUGUGACAAUGACCGGACAGAUAAUAUGUUCUAUAGCCCAAGUCUUCAUCCUCGGGCUGCCCUCUAAGAUUGCAUCAGUGUGGUUUGGCCCGAAGGAGGUGUCUACUGCAUGUGCCACUGCCGUGCUGGGUAACCAGCUGGGCACUGCCAUUGGCUUCCUGCUUCCACCUGUCCUGGUCCCCAACACUGUGGAAGACCUAGAGCUGAUGGGACACAACAUCAGCGUUAUGUUUUAUUGGACAGCUGUAGUCUCCACUGCUCUCUUCAUCUUGACUGUAAUUGUCAUGAAAGACAGACCCUCACUACCUCCCAGCCAAGCUCAGGCAGUCCUACCUGACUGUGCUCCUGAAGACUACUCCUACAGACAGUCCAUAAUAAACCUGUUCAAGAACAAACCUUUCAUCCUACUGCUCAUCAGUUAUGGUAUCAUGACUGGUUCUUUCUACUCUGUGUCAACACUUCUCAAUCAGAUGAUUAUGGCUUGUUACAAGAACCAGGAACUGAAUGCAGGCAGGAUUGGUCUCACCCUUGUGGUGGCUGGAAUGGUGGGCUCCAUCAUCUGUGGACUGUGGCUGGAUCACACCAAAACCUACAAAAUGACCACUUUGAUGGUCUACAUCCUGUCCUUCAUUGGUAUGCUGGUGUUCACCUUCACUCUGGACCUCAACAAUAUCUACCUGGUGUUCUUCACUGCCGGCGUGCUGGGGUUCUUCAUGACUGGUUACCUGCCGCUUGGCUUUGAAUUUGGGGUUGAAAUUACGUAUCCUGAAUCGGAAGGGACAUCUUCUGGUCUUCUUAAUGCAUUUGCACAGAUCUUUGGGAUUAUUUUCACAUUGAUCCAGGGAAGACUAACAACAGACUACAACCCCCUGGCUGGGAACCUGUUCCUCUGUGUCUGGAUCUUCCUGGGCAUCUUUCUCACAGCCUUAAUAAAAUCAGAACUGAAAAGAAACAACGUCAAUAUGGGCAUGAACCACAGAAAUCUUCAAGCAGUCCCUACCGAGUGCCCUUCAGACAAGCCAACCAAUGGCGUCAAGAUGGAAACUUCAGUCAGCUUUUCCCACGAGACCUCACUUUAAUCCAAAAAGGACAGGGGGGUCAGGUCACUCAACACUACUGAACAUUUCAGAGGCCUACAACACAUUCAACAACAUUUCCUGAGGUUACUUGAAAUCUCCUUUUCUUUGGAUUGUAAACUGUAAUGUGUUAUAAUGUUUGUACUGUAGUGGUUUUAGCCAAGCCAUGAUUUGUUUAUACAUAGGUAAACUAUAAGCACCUAAAUACACCUUUUAACUUCCAAUAGUCCUCUCCUUCUUUUGCUUGAUGAACCACUUCUGUCUCUACAAUUGUCAUCAUCGCUGGUUCAUAAAGUGCUGCUUAUUUAAACUUAUUUCUAGGCAUUAUACAAAACCAAAAGGGAAAUAUAAUGUAGGAUCUCUGACCUGCCUUAGCCUGUGAGGAAGAACAUUGUUGUCAUUAUGGUGAUGUUAUUAUUGUGACGCUGCGUUAUUUGAAUUGCAUGACAAUGCAGUUUAACAGUGUCAGUUUUGUUCUCUACAAUAUGUCAGCCAUUCAUACAAAUAUGGACCAAAUAUGACGCACUAAGAUGCACAAUGCAUAUGACAAAUGUGCAACAUGCACAAUCUACUUUUCAGUGUAUCACUUACAUGCAUGCUUUUGAAAGUGUUCAAAUGUUGACAACUUUGUUGAAAACAAGGCACAGAUAACAGUUCUGCCGAGAUAUGUAGCUAAUGGUAUAGCAGCGCCACCCAGAGGGAUUUUGUGGAAAUACUAAGAAAGCUGUGUGGAUGAUGGAAGCACAAACAGGAGUGAUAAUGACUGCAGCGUUACAAUAAAAAUAGCUCCAAACCUUCACAGUGGAUUAUAUAGCUCAAACUGUGGCUAUAAAGACUAUGCGCAGUAGGUUGUCUAGUGGUUAGAGUGUUGGGACGGUCACUCCCACCUUCAAAUCCCCGAAUUGACAAGGUAAAAAUAUGUUGCCUAUUGUUCAAUACAACAUAUGGCUUUUGACACACCACUGUCUAAAGUCUCGACAGCCUGAUUUAUAAUUUCGCACAGUAAUCCACAGUAUAGUCAAUGCCAACACUGUUACAAUACAGCUGCUAUAGAAUGUGUCUGCUAGACAAUCCUUUCAAGGUGCCCCAGAUUGUACUGUAAAAAAUGUGGUUUUAGUUUUGCCUUUGUAGUUUGUCUUUGGGCUUUUCUCGGUGGUAAGGAGUCGCAUGUGUACUUGCUUAUCUGCAGAUAAUGUACUGUGGCAAUCAAAACAUAAAACACAGAGUGUAAACAAUACAAAUAAAAUGGUUUUUAGCUCAG